AUGAAUAUCGAUCGUUUUCCAGAUGUGCUGACGGCCAACUUGGUUGUCGGUGGCAAUGAGGUCUCCCGGGCUACCUCUCCCGGCGGAGAGUCGGCCCAGCUUAACGGCACCGUGCUUGAGGACCGUUCGAAAAAGGCUCGAAGCCGACCGCGGACGUAUCCCUAUCUCGAAUACCCUCCCUACGAACUUGAAGAUGAUGAAUUGCGGCAGCACAACUUUGAGGAGAUCCUCAAACACCUGUACAUGGCUAUUGAAUCAGGAGACUUUACCCCCGGUGCGGUGCACUGGACUCGAGAGCUCCGAGCCUGGCUGUCUCUAAAGUUCGAUCCUACGAGAGAACAGCGGUCGAAGCUGGUACGGCUCUAUUAUGAGCUUGCCCUUGCUCCUGGUAUCGAUCCCGUGGUGGCAGAGCGGUUCUCGAGCAUGUUUAUGGUUCUUACCAAGCGGAAACAUUACCUUCGGCCGAUCAAGGAUAUAGUUCUUGACUGGAGACCGCUGUACAGAGAGUUAAAAGUGUUCGUUCUUCCAUCAGAGGCAGAACUCGUACACUCGAUAAGCAACAAACGCAAUAUCAAAACUUUGAUAAAACUUUGUUCCUUUGCACAGUUCUAUUUUGAUCCCCUUGAGCUUCCUAAUAUGCUACAAGAGUUUCUUCCCCAUUUCACAACUUCGUUCACUGAAGGGGCCUUUAUUGUAGUUGGCCUUAUGAACUUGUUCGUGUCCACAGCACCAGCACCCCCAGAAAGACUCGAUUUAAUCCCCCAACAUUACCUCCCAACAUACUUCCAUCUCUGGUCGUUGGUAAACCGCUCCAGGACGUUUGAUAUGAAUUUCCUAGAUAUUCUGUCGCGGUUAGCUCGCGAUUCUCUCCCUGCUAAACAUAUUCCAUUUUCUGAAUUCGGAAUCUUCACCGAGGAACAAACUUCGCUUAUUUUCACCGCUAUCCUGAGAUUGCUUGAGAUUCCAGUGGGACAGGCGACGUCUUCAUACAGUGAUAUAGUUGAUAUGUCUGCUGGGUUGGCCAUAAUGCUUGACCGUGAUUCGAGAAAUCAUCCAGUCACGCAUGACAUUGCUAGGUGGACGGUGAUGUCUCUUUCACCAGACUGCGCAGACUCCAAAGACUCGCUUCUUAGCAGGUUAGAGGGGCUGAUUCAAGCUGUCGAGACUUUCUUUCACCCUUCAAACUCGGGAUCAUGGACAAAGACUCUCUCGGAGCUAGUUAACUACCUAGCAGACUUUUUUGUCAUGCGAUGGAACCGGGAACGCAAUGGGGAAAUGGAGGUACCUCCAGAGAGGAGACUGACUGAUGCGAUUAAACGCCGAUUUGUAUUGUGUCUACGAGACGUGACAUUCAUGGGCAUCUACGCUAAGAGUGGAACUGCAAUGAACUUCUUCCUCUCGACACUUCAGUCCCUGGCAUAUCUGGAGCCGAACCUGAUUCUUCCCGGAGCUUUGCAACGAAUCUACCCGUCGAUGCAGGGGUUGGUAGAGGUCCAUAGAACUGCCUCGUCCCUCCGAUCCUUACAAGUCCUGUCAAGAAUCAUGGUACGAACUAAAGGCUUCCGUUGCCAUAUUACCACACUACUCGGCCUGGCUCUACCCGGGAUUGAUGCCAAUGACCUGGGGAAAUCAUUGCAUUCUCUUGCGUUUAUUCAAGCUGUGUGUUAUAACAUACCUUUUGAAGAUCUUACAAAAGGCCGCGAUGAUGUCAAUGGUAACAUGAUUGCCGUGGAAUGGGUUACUGGAGAGCUUGAGCGAAUGGAAGAGCAAGGGGCCUCUGUCGAGAUGAACUACGACACGGAACUCUCUGACGAGGAUGAAGAAAAAAUAUUACGUUCAUCCACCACGGAGUUUGGAGAGUUCUUGAUCUCGUUCCUAGGAAGGGUUUUUACUCUUUUGGAGAACCUACCUGAUGCUGCGCGAGUGCGUAGUGGCUCACCUGAAGAGAAUGUCCUGAACACCCUACCUGCAACUUUCCUACCUCUUUUAUCCACCCUUUCUCCAGAGUUAUAUGACUUGGCCUUGAAUAAAAUUGUGGAUUUUGUUUCCGACCGUGUUAUCCAUCAAGCAAGAGAUGCCAUGGCUUUUAUCUGCAAUGCUCUCUGCAAGGUUAACCCUGAAAAGGCGUUGAAGCGCUUCAUUCCAUUGCUAAUUCGAAAUAUUCGCACUGAGAUCGAUGAAAACGGCGCAGCUUCUACCAGAACAACAGGCAGUGACGUUUUGCCUCGCGAUCGUGGGCUGGUAUGGAAUAUCAGUUUGCUGAGUAUGUGUGUAGUCCAUGUCGGAGGAACGGUCUUGAAGUAUAAACAAGACCUCAUCGAUAUUGCAUUGUACAUGCAGCGAAAGUGCAAGGGUAUCCCUACCAUACAUAUUUCGAACUUUAUUCACCAUCUUCUACUUAACCUUACCAUGACCACCAUUGUCGACCACUCGAUGUAUGAACCUCACCUAUACCUCAAGGGCAUUCAGGUUGAACAAUGGGGUCAGAAACAAGACCCAAAAGAACUUACCAUCAACUGGCACGUCCCACAAAGAGAAGAAAUAGAGUUUGCCGUUGAGCUGUUUACAUCUCAGGUGGAGGCUGCGUUGAAUUCAUUGACCUCGCUGACGAGCGAUACACCCAACAUCAAACGCGAUGGAAGUGGCAAGGACUGGUCAGAUGAAGUGACGAGGAACAUCGUGCUUCUCAGGUUGAUCAUCGCAGGCAUCUCUGCGCUAUUUGACAAUAGAGCGGCUUCGAAAUGUCGCGAAGAGGAAGCCCCUAAUCAGGGCGGCGCCUACGUUUCUGGGGGAGCAAACACCUCAGCCGACGAAGAAGCUGAGAUGGACGAUACUGAUUCUCCCCUGGAUAUAUCUGAGGAGUCUACCCUCAGACCCACCUUUCAAUAUCCUGCAGGAUACCCGCUGACGGAGGACGACCCUCUAUACAUCGCCAUCCAUGAAAUCAGGGAACGAGUCGGACACGUUCUACACAAUGUUCAUAGGUUUCUGGUUGACAAACAGGAAGAUGAUGUAUCCUGCUUCUCGUCGCUAUACACGGCCUACCGCUGCUGGUUUGUCGAUGUCGGUAUCGAACGGUCUGCUCAUUUACUGGACCGCGUUUCAAAGCUAUAUGGUGCAGAUGUCCACCCAUAUAAGAUGAGUGGCGUGAGAAAAGAUUAUCCUCGCCCAUUACUUGUACGUCGAGCAUACGUGUAUCACUUGCAACGACUCCGUCAUAAUGCAGCCCCCCGACCACGUUCAAAGCUUGAUGCGACCCUUUUACUUGACUUAGCCGAGUCUAGUGUAUCGCUAUAUACUGAUAUCAGACGAAACGCUCAGUCGGCUGGGGAAUCUGCACUUCGGUCUAUUUGGGGCUCGCGUCUACUUGUUAUUCGCCCAUUGAUCAAAGCUCUCCAGAAAGCCCUAAAAGCGAAUGAACAUCCUCGUAUUAAGGGCGCAAUCUAUUCUCUUAUGUAUAGCAGUUUGGCCAAACCACUCGGUCGUCACUGGAAGUACACGCCGGCGCUCAUUAGGGCGUUCAUUGAGGCCACUACAGUUGACAAACCUUCGAUCCAAAAGCUUUGCAGCGGCACCUUGUAUCAAGUUAUAGAUUAUGGACGCGCUGCUGACAGAAUGGCUAUUCUUAACCAGGAUAUCAUAAAAUCCAUUGCACCCUUUGACGAAAGCGUUGCCGCGAAGAUUGAAAUGAAGCGGGAAUCUAUUCAAAAGAAGCGGAUAUCUAUUGAAGAGAAGAAGGCAGAGAUGGCAGAUGAGCUUGUCAACUUGGCGAGAGCAUCUCACUGGAAGAAAACCAUUCGGACGUCGGCAAUUGUUAUUGCAAUGGGGAUGCGUUUUGACCACGUAGCCAGUGAGAAUUUGAUCGAUCUUAUCAUUACAGGUUCCAUCGACUCUCAUCCUGGCCUAAGAUGGAUGUAUUCUCAGACUCUGGUUGCACUCUUUACUAUGAUCGAUGUCAGGGCAGUGUGCCACCAUAACUACAAGGACUACAUCCUCGGAAAUCAUUUCGUCCCAUCAAAAAUACAAGUCACAACAAACCCUCAAGACCCUAAUUGGACAAGCUCCUACCUAGAAAGCUUUGCCCACCCCGAAGCAGAGUACUAUAUCGACCAUGAUCACCCCGGGUUCCUUGUUUGGGAUAAAACCAUGCCAGCAUACAAGGCGAAUGUUGAACGAGAUGUUGUUUAUGAUUCCCUCGAAUGGAAUACCCGCAAAUAUAUGGGAAAAUUGAUGACUCGCAAGUGGCUUUCGGAAUUCUUCAACUAUUUGAAGCAAGAGCCAAGGGAUGCAUCUGCUGAUAAAUUCCGGAUGUCUAUUGCCACCAUGCUGGUUUAUGUAUUCCAGCUUUUAUUACGUGACGAGCUUACUGUCGUAACUUUCGAUGAGGUUAAAGAAGAGAUUGAACUUGUCUAUGAAGAUGGGAGCGACAAACACCAACAUCGCGCUACCGCUGAGAUUCUCGGUGGUCUUAUAAGCUCCGUGGCCGAUAUUAGUGUUGAGAAGCGCACCGCUGUAUGGGAAUACGCCUUUCCGAUUAUUCGAAGGAUAUUCUCUGAUGGUCUCACGCCUGAGAAUUCAGGAUACUGGUCUCAGUUCCUUCAUCUGACCUUGCAAUGUAGGGAUCCUCGUCGGUCAUGGCCAUUGGUGGACUGGUUAUCUAGUUUCCGUCUAGAUAUGACUUCCAAUGCCGCUUUCAAGGAGAGCUCUAAAAUCACUUUACUCCAUCGAUGCAUUUUGGACUCCGGUUGGCACUUCCAGCUCGAAAAGCCCAUCGUUGAGGAUUUCCUAAUGCAUCUCGACCACCCAUAUAAAGGAGUUCGUGAAGCUAUGGGACAUACGCUUGCUUCUAUCUACCGAACAAGAUACCACGAAUCGUAUGCCAGUGUUGAUCAACUGAUUCAAGCCCAGAAGAAAACGUCAUCAGUUGGCAAUCGAGCCUAUCAGCCCAGCGAGGAAUUCAUCACCAUGAUCACGGAAGUGUUCAAUAGAAUAGAAAAGUGGCGACACGAAAGAAAGCCAGGCCAACAAACACCAUCUGCGUAUACUUCCGGGAGUAAAACCGUGUUACUCUGGCUUGAUUCGACGCUAUCCUCAUUUGAAUGUACCCAGCUUUUACAGUUUUUCCCUACCCUAUUUACAGAACAGCUCUUACAUAUGAUGGAUGUCAAAGAGGAUCCUGAGCUACAAUCUCUAGCUUACCACGUUUUCCGUCAUCUUCCCAACAUCCCACACCCUGGUGGUGAAGAUUCUGAUUUUAUCAACUCUCUUAUCCGAAUUGGCCGUACCUCCCCUUCCUGGCAUCAACGUCUUCGCGUCAUGAUUAAUAUGCAAAUUAUCUAUUUCCGCAGGUUAUUCCUUUUGUCCGCUGUUGAUCGUGAGAAGCUAUUCGAAUGUGUCGCCGGCAUGUUGGGGGAUCAGCAACAUGAGGUCAGAGCAGGUGCAUCUGCCACUCUUUCUGGGAUGAUCCGAUGUUCGCCCGUGGCUCUACGACAGGAUAUGGUCCUAAAGUUGCUCGAUAGAUUCACAACUUCCCUUGCCCAGCACCCCUUGCCCAAGAAGCGUAGAGUUAUUUCAUCCGGAUUCUCGUCCGCCACAUCCACUGGUGCAAGCACGCCUACACCAGAACACUCUCGGCUUAUUAUUACACGCCACGCCGCUGUUCUCGGCCUAGGAGCCCUCAUUCAAGCAUUCCCGUACACUAGCCCCCCACCAAGCUGGAUGCCUGAUGCACUGACAACACUCAGCACAAAGGCUGGCGGAGAUCCAGGUGUGGUUGGCCAGAGUGUGAAGUCUAUUAUCAGUGAUUUCAAGAAGACCAGGCAAGAUACAUGGCACAUAGAUGUCAAGGCCUUCAAACCAGAUCAGAUUGAAGACUUAGCUGGAGUGUUGUGGAAGAGUUACUUUGCUUAA